AUGACAUUCACUUGGUACAUCAUCCAGCAACAAUAUUGGAUCAUAGCCAAUCUCCAAGUUAUUAAAUCUCGCCUACGUCACUGUAUUGCCAGUUACCAAAUUCGUCCUCGAGGAGUCCAGCCCGUAAUGAGAAAUUUACCUAAAUUCCUGUUGCAGCAAGUGAAGCCAUCAACAACACGCAGCACUGUACCAUAUGCCACGCAUACAAAAGCGCUACAUGUUCAACUCACCACAGAUUUGUCCACCGAGACAUUUCUGAUGGUCUUUAGUCGUUUCAUUUCACGCCGUGGCCCAAUAACACAGAUGCAUAGUGACUGUGGCACUAAUUUUGUAUGUGAAUCAAAGUUGUUUGAAACAGUUGAUCAAUUCAUGCAAUCCGCUGAACACCAGGCAAAGUGCAAUGGCUACCUCACGGCACGUAACAUCAGCUGGCACUUUAAUCCCCCAUCCAAACCUCACUUCAUAGGUCUUUGGGAGGCUGGAGUGAAGUUAACAAAAACACUGAUUCACAGAACUAUUGGCCUCCAUCGACUCAAGUACGAAGAACUCAUUACCCUUUUAAACGGAUCGAAGCCACAUUAA